AUGUUUUCAGGAAUGGUGAUAAAUCGUAUAUUUAUUGCUUUCGCUUUUUUGGUUUCUCUUAUUUAUCUGAAAAAAUGCUGCUAUGCGUUGGAUAAUGGAGUAGGACUCACGCCGUCUAUGGGAUGGAACUCUUGGAACAAAUUUGCUUGCGACAUUGACGAAAAGCUCAUUCGAGAGACCGCAGAUGCCCUCGUGAGUACCGGAUUACGUGACCUUGGAUACAAAUAUCUGAACCUUGACGACUGUUGGCAGAAAAAGAGGAACUGGCGCGGUGAGAUUUUGUCUGACAAUAGUAAAUUCCCGUCGGGAAUGAAAGAACUUGCGAAGUAUAUACAUGAACGUGGACUGUUGUUUGGGAUUUAUUCGAGUGCUGGAUACUGGACUUGUCAACGACGUCCGGGCUCGUUAUUGCGCGAAGAUACAGACGCGCAAGCAUAUGCUGACUGGGGUGUUGACUACCUGAAAUACGAUAACUGUUAUAAUUUGGGCGUAGACACGGUUAAACGGUACACAUGGAUGCGCGAUGCACUGAACAAGACUGGUCGCCCGAUUUUGUACUCGAUAUGUAAUUGGGGUGAACAUGAUCCUUGGAUCUGGGGACCAAAAGUCGGAAACUCGUGGCGUACCACUGGAGACAUAAACGAUGUAUAUCGCGUGGACAAGAAACAAGAUCCACGACACUGUGAUCCGUGCGGAAUGCUUGAAAUUCUGGACAGUACAGUCGGGCUUGAAGAGCACGCUGGACCGGGUGGAUUCAAUGAUCUUGAUAUGUUAGAGGUUGGAAAUGGCGGGAUGACACAUGAAGAGUAUAAGACUCAUUUUUCAUUAUGGGCCGCUCUAAAAUCCCCUCUCAUAAUCGGCUGCGACGUUCGUAAUCUUACCGCUGAAACAAUCGCAAUUCUCACCAACAAAGAAAUCAUCGCAAUUAAUCAGGAUCCCCUUGGGAAAUCGGCGAAAUUGGUGUUUCGGGAGGAACACAGUUAUGACGUGUGGGCGGGGAAAUUGUCCGAUGAGUAUGGUUUCCAAAAUGGUGUAGCUAUCUUAUUUAAUCGUAAAGAUACACCACAGGCUAUAAAACUUCCGUUCUCGCUACUGAAACCGUUUUUCCAUAAAUAUUCUGCGGUUAACAAAAACAUUACUAAAGACGACUCUUCACGAGAAGUGAUGGCUUUCAGAUUACCAUAA